AUGGCUGCUGUUCGACGGCCUACCAAAUCAUUAAGCGAAGUUAAUGAAAAUAAGGACGAUGUCUUGUUGAAAGUUCGUGGUAUUAUGUAUAAAUGGACGAAUUUUAUAUAUGGUUGGCAAAAACGUUAUUUUGAACUGGAGAACGGCGUUUUAGUGUAUUACAAAUCAGAAUCAGAAAAGCAAUACGGAAAUCGUGGCUCAAUUGCACUACACGUUGCACGUCUUGUGGAAAGUGAUAUUGACUUUAAUCGAUUUGAUGUGCUAACGAACGAUUCUUGCUGGUAUUUAAGAACUGAAAAUCCAAAAUUUCGGUAUUUGUGGCUACGUGCUUUAAGAUACCAAAUGGUCGGAUCAACCAAUAAACCAAAGAACCAUUGUUCGACUAAUGACUCAACGAAAAGUACAGAUUGUGAACAAUCAUCAUUAUCUUUACAAUUGACGAAUAAAAUGGAACAAUUGGAACGUUUCAACGAUAUGGUUGAACGACAAGCAGCUCGAUUGGAAAAUUUAAUUUAUUCAAUCAAGGAUAACAAAGAAAAUACUAGCGCUACUUCUCUUUUAGAUGAAAGCAUUGCACUGAAUGCUGUAACUAUUGCUGUACUGCAGAAUAUUAACACGUGCGUUCAUUUACUCGCAAAACAGGCGAAAGUCAGUCGUAAUCAGUGUUACAGCGAGCACUACGAGACCGAGCACGAAGUCAUUGCUAAUAACAGUUCACAACGCAUCAUGAUGAAUCAAACAUCCGUACUGGAUAAUGUUUUUUUAAGUGAUGAUGAUGAACAGGAAUGGCAUGAUGCUUAUGAUAGUACUCCCGAAAACAGGAGCGUUAUAAAAGAACCCAGUUUUUCAGAGAAGCAAACAACAAGGAUGCCAAAUUCAGAGUCGACAACUGAGACGAGAAAUGAAAAUUAUCCCGGUAUUGCUGAAUCACCACCCAAAGAUAUUACUUUGCCUACAUCAAAUCCAUUUGCAGUAGAAAUCAACCAAAUUGCGAUGGAACAAUUAAAAUAUGCACGAUCUGGUAUUUAUGACGAUGUUUGGCAGUUGUUUAUGGAAAAGGAUGAAAUGAAAAUGUAUAGGAGAGAGUUGGAAAUUAAUGGAUUAGUCUGCGAUCCACUGAAAGCUGUUCAUUUUGUGCAGGGUGUAUCGGCUCGGGAAUACAUUCAUUAUUUCUUCGAACCGCGAUACAAGCAUGAGUGGGACGAAACAUUGGUCAAGACAGAAGUUAUUGAGAGAAUUUCUAUGGAUACUGUUAUAAUACAUCAGCUACACAAAAGAAUUUGGCCGUCUGCUCAACGGGAAUCCCUAUUUUGGUCAAAUGUACGAUACCUUCCAGAAGAAAAAAGUUCGGAAGCUUUGGAUUUAUAUAUGGUAUGCAAUCACGAUUGCAACGUUCCAAAUGUACCGUUGCAAGAUGAUUCAAAUGUUCGAGUAGGUUUAACUGUAACGAUGCUAUGUGAAACACUUGUCAAAGAUGGGCAUAAAAAACCAGUGGUCGAGCUGAAGCGUAACGAUAUUCAAUGCCAAGUGUGUUACUGUGCACAAAUAAAUCCAGGUGGUUGGGUACCGGCAUCAGCAUUGCGAGUUAUUUAUAAACGUGAAUAUCCGAAAUUUUUGCAUGGUUUCACCAAAUAUGUGCUCAAUAAAAUUAAAGCUCAACCAUUAAUGAUUUAA